GCUCACAUUCUAAACUGUCGCUGUCGUAGGAACCAUUGUCUUUUAACAUAACGUUCCGACCUUCUACAAUGAAGAAGAAAGGUGUCACGCCUUACCGACCCAGGAAGCCGAUCACUUACAAAUCGCCGCAAUCUGGCAGCAAGAACAUCUCAAAGGCAACAUCGCAACAGGCAACGUCGCAACAGGCAACAUCGCAACAGGCAACAUCGCAACAGGCAACAUCGCAACAGGCAACAUCGCAACAGGUAACAUCGCAACAGGUAACAUCGCAACAGAUAGCAUCGCAACAGGCGCUGUCUUCUACAUCGGCUCUAGCCACAAGUCAAGCACCCCAACGCAAGACAAGACCACAGAAUGUGGCUAUUGGGGUGAUACUAGUCGCUGUCCUGAUCGUAGUUGGCGUCGUCCUUAUGCUUAAGACCCUUCGUCGAAACGAUAAUCUAGGUCAGCAUCCGCGCUACGUUUCGCCCAUCAAGAUGGGUACCUUCAAGAACUGGAUCGUGGUGACGGGAACCAAACAGUGUAUACACGUUCCCAGGAAGAUAUUUGCGAAGAAUGGCACGGUUGGCGAUGCUGCGGUUGCCACUAUGCUCUGCAGUUGCGUUGUGAUGCCUCAUCGGUGUGGACUCGGGGGCGGAUUUUUUGCUAUUUACUACAAUAGAAAAGAAAAGAAAACUCAUGCCAUCAACUCCCGUGAAAAAGCGCCCACUGAAGCUCCCAGAGAUAUGUUUGUCGGAGAGGAGAAUGCCUUGCUGUCUCUAUACGGCGGAAAAGCUGUCGGAGCGUUCGGAGUUCUACGCGGAUAUGGUAUGAUUCUAAACACAACUGGACACAAUGUUCCAUGGAAGGAUCUCUUUGAAGACGCAAUCAAAUAUGCCAAGGAAGGGUUUGAAGUAUACGACGACAUCCAUAAUGAUAUUGUGGAUCUCCAGCAGCAAAUCAGAAUGGACAGCGUUGCUACAAAAAUUCUCUUGAAGACGAAAAAUUGCCCACCUUCUGAACGAAAUUGUCCCCUCGAUGUUGGUGACACUUUGAAGAACGAGGUGCUUUCUGAAACUCUCAAAACAAUCUCGUCGAAGGACUGGGACGCCCUUAACUCCCCUCCAUGGUCAAAUAUAUUAGCCGAAGACAUAUCGAAAAGAGUGGGUAUCAUGAAAGCGUCUGAUCUGGAAAACUUCGAACCCGUACUUGACCCUCCCAUCACUCUUGCCCUUCCUGGAGGUCUCCAGCUUCAUACGAUGCCUCUACCGGCUGGAGGCACUACACUCAGCUACAUAGCCAACAUCAUCAGCCAAUUCGUCAUCGAUGGACGACUACCCGAUGACGAACACACCGCGCACAUCUUCGUCGAAGCGUUCAAGUUUGGCUUCGCGAGCAGACCAGCACUGGGAGAUCCAAUGUCAGCCGACUUUAGCACCCAGCAACGACAAGAAAUCAUGAAGUGGGUGCGGACAAUGACGAGCACGGCUUACGCAAAGAAGAUCAAGGACCGGAUACAGGAAGAGACCGUAGAUGAUGCUAACUAUUAUGGCCUCGGCUCGACAGGCAAGCACGAUCAUGGCACGGGAGAACUUAUUAUUGUUGCUCCCAAUGGAGACGUCAUAUCCAUGGUUGGAAGCAUUAACACGCCCAGGUUUGGCGCUCUGGUGGUAUCCCCAAGAACGGGUAUAUGGAUGAAUAAUGUUAUGGACGACUUUUCAACGGAAAACCAGGAGAAUAUAUACGGCUUGAUCGCAUCUGAAAAGAAUUACAUCUGGGGAGGAAAGCGACCGCUCUCUUCACUGGCACCUUCUAUAGUGGUCGAUUCAAAGGGCGAUUUCGUUCUUGCGAUUACCAGUACAGGAUCAAGCACAACUACUACGGCAACAGCUCAGGUCCUGGCGCGGAUUUUAUGGAUGGGUCAGACAGUGAAAGAAGCCGUCGACUCUUGGCGAAUCCACAACCAAUUACAUCCUGACGUUGUUAUGUACGACAACAGAACAGACGCGGAAAUCGUGUCGGGGCUUCAGCGCCGAAAGCACCGAGUCAAGCCGUUUAAAUCGGACGCUGAUGUCGUCGCUGUGGCCAGGGAUCGACGGAAUCAAGUCUACAAUGGAUCAGCAGACUUCCGACUUACCAAUAUGGCAGGCGUCGAUGGCGGUUAGAAUGCGCUUGAACCGAUCAAGGCUGCACCCUUCGUUAGGGGCCUAUUGGAAUUCGAUAUGGCACAUAAAAACGAUACAUAUGGCUGA